AUGACCUACUGCGCCUCCAGUGAAAGAUGGCAAAGACAGGGAGGUACCUCGCUGAGUACUGCAUUAAAUGCAGGCUUUUAUGAAGAAAUUCGAAUCAUCCUGAUUGGAAAAACAGGAAAUGGGAAGAGUGCAUCGGGAAACACCAUCCUACGACGUGAUGCUUUUAGAUCUGAGCCUUCUCCGUGCUCUGUGACGUCAGAGUGCGCAAAGGCCGGAGGAGUGGUGAAUGGAUGCAGGCUUACGUUGAUUGACACUCCAGGAAUUUAUGAUACAAUGUACACACAAGCUGAAAUGAUGAGAAAACUUAAAAAAUACAUCUCUCUCUCAGCUCCUGGUCCCCAUGUGUUCCUGAUUGUGUUCAGAUUGGGCAGAUUUACAAGGGAGGAUCGGAAAACUCUUGAACUCCUGCGUCUGGUUUUUGGUAGACAAGCUGUAGCUUGCUGGAUGGUUCUCUUCACACAUGGUGAGCAGCUGGGGCACACAACAAUUGAAGAAUAUUUUAGCAGAUCUGAACAACUGAGCAACUUGAUUGCACAAUGCAACUGGAGGUACCACGUCCUCAGUAAUACAGUUCCUGAUAACCGUCAAGUAAUUCGGCUGAUUGAAAAAGUAAAACGUAUGGUGCGUAACAACAGAGGAACAUUUUACACAAAAGACAUGCUCCAGGAGGAAGAGAGAGCAACCCGAAGACGAAUGGAGCAGAAUAUGAGAGCCAAAGCUGAGCAGAAGCGCAGAGACGAAGAAAAACUGAAGACAAGAAUUCAGGGAGAACUGCUGCAGAAAGAGCUUCAGUGGCACGAUGAAGAGUAUGUGAGAAAACCCAGAGACAAGGCAGAAAAGAAGAACAGAUUAGUUAAACCUGGCAUCAUUGUAAAAGGAGCUGAAAUAGGCAGUGCAAUUGGUGCUGCUGUAGUUGUUGGAGGCCCUAUUUGCAUGGGUGUUGGAGCAGCAGUGGGUGGAGCCAUUGGGGCUGUAGUGGGACUAGUGAUACCAGCGGGAGUGAAAGGAGUAAAAGCUCUGAAAAACAAGUGCUUUUAUAUAUAG